AUGCACUCACCUCCUAGAGACCAGGCUGCCAUCAUGCUCUGGAAACUCGUGGAGAAUGUCAAGUACGAAGACAUCUAUGAGGACCGGCACGAUGGCGUCCCAAGCCAUAGCUCGAGACUCUCUCAACUGGGCUCUGUGUCCCAAGGACCCUACUCGAGCGCCCCGCCGUUGUCCCACACACCAUCAUCGGACUUCCAGCCACCCUACUUCCCGCCCCCCUAUCAGCCGCUACCCUACCACCAGAGUCAAGACCCCUACUCUCAUGUCAACGACCCCUAUUCCCUGAAUCCUCUGCAUCAGCCCCAGCAGCACCCCUGGGGUCAACGACAGCGCCAAGAAGUGGGUUCAGAAGCCGGCUCUCUCCUGCCCCAGCCCAGAGCGGCCUUGCCCCAGCUCUCGGGCCUUGACCCCCGAAGGGACUACCACUCUGUCCGCCGGCCGGACGUGCUGCUACAUUCGGCACACCACGGCCUGGACGCCGGCAUGGGCGACAGCCUCUCGUUGCAUGGUCUUGGGCAUCCCGGCAUGGAAGAUGUGCAGUCAGUUGAAGAUGCCAAUAACAGCGGCAUGAACCUAUUGGACCAGUCAGUCAUUAAAAAAAUUCCUGUCCCUCCCAAAUCUGUGACUUCUCUAAUGAUGAAUAAAGAUGGCUUCUUGGGAGGAAUGUCAGUCAACACCGGCGAGGUAUUUUGCUCAGUCCCAGGCCGUUUAUCUCUACUCAGUUCAACUUCAAAAUACAAAGUGACUGUGGGAGAAGUUCAGAGACGGCUCUCGCCCCCUGAAUGCCUCAAUGCGUCUCUCCUUGGCGGCGUCCUCAGAAGAGCCAAAUCGAAAAAUGGGGGGAGAUCCUUGAGAGAAAGGCUAGAAAAAAUCGGUUUGAAUUUACCCGCGGGCAGGCGCAAAGCAGCAAAUGUCACGUUACUCACCUCCCUGGUGGAAGGGGAAGCUGUUCACUUAGCUCGGGAUUUUGGGUAUAUUUGUGAAACAGAGUUUCCCGCUAAAGCCGUGUCCGAGUAUUUGAACAGACAGCACACGGAUCCCAGUGACCUGCACUCCAGAAAGAAUAUGCUGCUGGCCACCAAGCAACUUUGUAAAGAAUUUACGGAUCUGCUGGCGCAGGACCGGACGCCGAUCGGGAACAGCCGGCCCAGCCCCAUCCUGGAGCCUGGCAUCCAAAGCUGCCUCACGCACUUCAGUCUCAUCACGCACGGCUUCGGCGCCCCGGCCAUUUGCGCUGCGCUCACGGCCCUGCAGAACUAUCUCACCGAGGCGCUCAAAGGCAUGGACAAGAUGUUCUUGAACAACACCACUAACAGGCACACGUCUGGGGAAGGCCCAGGUAGUAAAACUGGCGACAAGGAGGAGAAACACAGGAAAUGA